AUGUCAAAACUAAUUGUUUUAAAUUUCAUUUUGUUAAUUUAUUGUUUUAAUCUUGUUGAUUUGAAUGGAGAAGUGUCUAAAGAAGAAAAUGAAGAGUUCUUCGAUGCAAAGGAUGAAUUCGACAUUUCUUCCGAAAUAGAUGAAAUUGAUCAACAUGUAAAGAAUCAAAUUGCUUGGAUUUUAGAUAAUGCGAGUAAAUGUGAUGAACACGAGAAAUGUGUAACUAUGUUUUUGAAUGAUAUGGCGAUGUUUAAUGAUCAAGCCCGAUUUGGAGGAAUUUCUGCAUUUUGUGACGACAAUUCAAUACAAAGCGAGAAAGACAAAAUUGGGAAUCCAAUCAGAGGGCUUCUCAAUGGUGAAAUUAAAAAUAAAGACGCAAAAAUUCGUUUAAACCUUUAUAUUGAAUGUGUUGAUAAUUUCUUCAUUAAAGAAAAAGGACUUUUUCAAAUGAAAAAUGCGAAGACUUUGGAAUUAUCAGAGAUUAACAAAAAGCUUCUCCGAGCAUUUUUGCUCACAAAACCACUGUAUAUUGCAACUAUAAUGUACGAAUCAAUUCAAAAUAAAGACACAAAUGCUUUAUUAGAAAUUGUUUCCACUCAAAAAUUAUAUGAUUUAAAUGUGGCAAUGAAGAUAAUGAUAGCUCUUCAUCCUGAUUUAAAAAUGGUUAAAAUGGUCAAUGAUAGUGUAAAUUUUAAAGAAUUUUCAAAAGAUCAAAAUGUGUUCAAUGCUGAAACACUUGAACAUUUUUUAAAUUGGCGAUUUGACCCAAAUUGCAAUGAAAAGCCAAAAGAAAAUAAGAAUGGAUGGUUAAACAAUCCAUUGAAAAAGCUUCUGAAUUAUAUGAAAAAUGCUGAGAAAAAGUGCCUAGAAAAUCCGAGUAUUAGCCAUUAUAUGGAAAUACUGGAAAAUAAAGAUAAGCUAAGGAGUUUUUUACUUUUUCGUUUCAAUUGUUCUAUGAAACACUUUGAAACCCCUAAUCAAACUGAAAAAUCUUUACAUGUGGAUGACUUGAUCCGAGCGCUUAUGCUUUCAUAUAGCAUUGAAGGUGAAAGCAUUACUGAUCUAAUGAAAGUAAAUGAAAAGAAAGAGCUUGAAGACAAAAUAAAUAAUGGACACUUUAAUUUUGAAGGAUGGAAUGACAAAGUUUUCAAAUACGCAUGCAAACGCCUUUUGAAUCUUGACAAUGCUUCUCAAGUCAUGUCCUACAAACGCUUGAUUGAACAUUAUGGAGAAAACGUUAAAGCAUUUACGAAUGCUUUAAUAAAUGUUGAAAAUCUUGUUAACAUCCAAAUUGACAACAAAAAAGUCAAAAUUACAAAUAAUAAACUCUUUAAUGAAUUAAAUAAAGUACCAGGUUCUUCAAUCCUCAAAAAUCUUAUUGGAGAGAUAAAUGAUGGUAUUUUGGGACAGUUGAAUAAAUUAAAUACUGGAAUGAUAAAAAACCACAAUGAAAAGGAUUCGAUUUUAUUCAGCUCGAAUUAUCUGCGUGCCGCAUAUAUAGCAUUAGCUCUAGCGUUGAAUCAAGUUGUAGGAAAAGAUGAUAACGAAAACAAAAAUAAAGUAAUUUUGUUGGAAAUAUCCAACAAGCAAUUAGCAACGAUUAAGUCAAUUAAUUUUGAUUCGAUAAAAAAAUUGUUGAAAGAAAUGUUUAUUAAAUUGUUUGAACAAUAUAAAGUAAAUGAAUCAAACCAAGACAAUGAUUUUGCUAAUGAUUUGGUGAAUGAAAUGAUAAAUUUGAUUAAUGAUGUUGAAUUUAAAUGUGAGUGUUAUUUUGCAUAGACUAUUCGAGUUGUAAGAAACGUUGGUUUUUCUUUUUCGAACAUCCUAUGUCGGGGUUGCUUUCCUCGUUAGUACACUUGAAUUUGAUUAUUUAGGCUGUGAUUUAUAGGCAAGAAUAGUGAAAUUGGAGUUUAAAAUUAUAUAUGAAAUUUUAAUUAUGUCUAAGAUUUUAGUUUUUGGAAAG